AUGAGAUUGACCAUCACCGUCAUGUAUCAGUUGGUCGUUGUAAUCGUGAGCAUUCUGGCCGGAGUAGGCCAAGCAACACCUGAAGAUAUCGGAAACGUCACGUUGUUUAUAUCACGUAAUAUCAGCACCGUUGAGGGCGAUAUCUACGCGGUCAACAUCGAGACGGAUAUGGCGGAAGGAAGGGAAAUUGUUCACUCAACCAUGAAUGGAAACGAUUCACAGACGGUGAUUACAGACCAUAGACUAAAUAUACGUGUUGUUGUUCCGGUCUCGGAAUCCGAGGAUUGCCACUUUUUGGAACUUGACGAUGAGGAAAAUCAGGCUCCAUCAAUUGAGGAGGACACAGAGGGUGUGACCAUGGAAUCUGCAGUGUCUGAAAACGUAAACGCCACUGAUGAGAGAGCUUGCUUGUAUAAAGAGGAUGAUCUAGCGAUGACAGAGGAGUUGAAGACUGCACUAACUUCAGUGUGUGGACCCCGGAAGAUACGUCACCUGACCAGGAAAGACGAGUGUCUAAACGUUCCCCAGGACGAGGAUCAAGGUAAAUACAAACGGAACGCAAAAGACCUUUUAAGGAAGAAAAAGUGUGUGUUUUCGAAGACUCGGAAGAGACCGGAUCUGACGUACUUGUUCGCCGAAAGAGAUUUUGGGGAUGGUGCCGCUAUCGAUGCUAUUGGAUCGCUCGUAUAG